AUGCAUAUACAAAAGUGCUUCGCCCGUCAGAUCUUUGACUCUCGCGGCAACCCAACCAUCGAGGUUGACCUGACCACCGAGAAUGGGACCUUUCGCGCUGCAGUGCCCAGCGGCACCAGCAUUGGAGUGCACGAGGCGCUGGAGCUGCGCGACAAUGACAAGAGCAAGUACCACGGCAAGUCGGUGAUGGAGGCCAUCAACAACGUCAACCAGAUCAUCGCCCCCAAGCUGGUCGGCUCGAAUGUUGACGUCAGCAAUCAGGCCGCCGUGGAUGAUCUGCUCUGCAAACUGGACGGCACCGAGAACAAGAGCACUCUGGGUGCCAACGCAAUUCUGGGCGUGUCAAUGGCGGCGGCCAAGGCGGGCGCCGCAAAGAAGGGCGUCCCCCUGUACCAGCACCUGGGCGAUCUGGUGGGCGCCAAGGGCUUCAUCAUGCCCGUGCCGGCCUUCAACGUCAUCAACGGGGGCUCGCACGCCGGCAAAAAGCUGGCCAUGCAGGAGUUCAUGAUCCUCCCCACCGGCGCCGCCAGCUUCAGCGAGGCGAUGCGCAUGGGCACCGAGGUGUACCACCACCUGAAGUCGGUCAUCAAGAAGAAGUACGGCCUCGAUGCGACCGCUGUCAGCGACGAGGGCGGUUUUGCGCCCAACAUUCAGAGCAACAAGGAGGCGCUGGAGCUGGUGAAGGCGGCCAUUGUUAUGGCCGGCUACACCGGCCGCAUCGACAUCGGCAUGGACGUCGCCGCCUCGGAGUUCUACGCCGACGGCAAGUACGACCUGGACUUCAAGAGCAGCAACACCGGUGCACCGAAGCAGCUGGUCGACUCGAAGGGCCUGUCGAUGCUCUACUGGGAGUUCAUCCGCGACUACCCCGUGGUCAGCAUCGAGGACCCCUUUGAGCAGGACGACUGGGCCGCCUGGGUGGCCAUCACCGGCAGCGUCUCCAUUCAGGUGGUCGGCGACGACCUGACGGUGACCAAUCCGAAGCGCAUUCAGACGGCGGUGCAGAAGAAGGCCUGCAACUGCCUCCUCCUCAAGGUCAACCAGAUUGGCACCGUCAGCGAGGCGGUCAAGGCGCACCAGCUGGCCAAGGCCAACGGCUGGGGCGCCAUGGCCUCCUACCGUACAGUGAAGAGUGAAAAUUGUACUAAAACAGUGUGGGCUAGUAUUGAUACUGGUGCUGGAAAUUCUUAUAUAAGCGACAAGUUGGCCAAAGAGCUUAAUGUUGAACCAUUUAAGGUUAUACUAUACGCAGAUAAUGAUAAAGAAGAACUAGUGAACAUUGAAAUUGGCAUGCCAAAUGGAAAUGAAUUUACGAAAAUAUUUGGAGUUUCCAGCGAGUAUACGACAGCAGAGAUCACUUGA